AGCAAGCAACAAACAUGGAAAGAUAAUCACGCCCGACACAAAAUCCAGCAAUUCCUUCCCUCUCUCUCUCUCUCUCUCUCCCCUUCAAAAACAUAAUAAAAAAGACAUUACCUUAUAUACUUUCUAAACCCAUCAGAUUCCACGAGAAAUUCAUGUUCUGAGAGUUCGUCUCCUAAAAAAAAAAACAUUAACCUAUUACACACUGCUGUCUCUCUCUUUUUCUAAGGCUCCCUGCUCUUUUGGACUCUUCUCUCUCUCUUUCUCUCUUUUUAUAUACUAUCCAAAAGCCAAAUAUAGCCACUUCUACCAGACUUUCCUAUUUUCUUGUGCAUUAACCAUCCUCACAUGCUGCUCAGUAUUGACCAAAGGUCUCUGUGACCCAACACUCACGUUAACACAACACAAUUUUCUGCAAACCAUUCGAAGCACUCGGUUUGAAAAAUCAAAGUCAAAACCUUCAUAUUCCUGUUUUCGUGAUCUGCACUUCAUUGGACAACAAUAACUUCUUCUUUCUUGAUCUGCCAGACGGUUUUUUCCGUUGAUGAUUGAAGAAAGUCAGUCAGUCAAAUAGGCAAAUACCCACGUGGUAAAAUUUAGACAGUUUUGUGUUAUGCAUAUAAGUUGUGAAGGAAAGGUUAAUAAUUGUCCAAAAUUUUGAGUCUUGGAAGGGUUUUCAAUCCCCAAAGGCUUUUUGUCGAUUGGGGUUUGAGAAAAAACAGAAUACCCUGAACUUGAAUUGUAGUGUACUUUUAGUAUCAGUGUGCAAUCCAGAAUUGUGCCAUUAGAGGAAACGUGAAGGAAAAGGCGGUUUUGGAUUGGGUUUUGUGAAGAAAACGAAUACCCGGAACUUGAAUUUUAGUGUACUUUUAGUUUCAAUAUGCAAUCCAGAGUCGUGCCAUUAGAGGAAGACAAGGACCCUGUGGUUACAAACCGGACAACAAACCACUCUAAAGCCUUGCCGCUAAGGCUGUUUCAGAUACUCAUGCUGUUUUUGGCUCUGUGCAUUGCCUUCUCGGUCAUUAGUAUAUAUACAAUUCGGCGUUUUGGUAUUCAAAGUGUAGUGACAACGGUUAAGUCUUCAUUCCAGCCAUGCUAUGAGGAACCUAAUAGUUUUCAGCAAUGGAUUAGGCCUCCAUCGAAUUUAAUCCAUACUAUGAGUGACAAGGAACUGUUUUGGAGGGCGUCUAUUGUGCCUCGGAGAAAGAAGUAUCCUUUUCGGAGAGUUCCCAAGGUUGCAUUUAUGUUUUUGACUAAGGGACCAUUGCCACUGGCACCUCUGUGGGAGAGGUUUUUGAAGGGACACGAAGGGCUUUUUUCGAUAUAUGUUCAUUCAUUGCCAACAUUCCAUGCCAAUUUUCCAUCUUCAUCAGUUUUUUAUCAGAGACAGAUUCCUAGCCAGGUCUCUGAGUGGGGAAGGAUGAGUAUGUGUGAUGCUGAGAGAAGACUCCUUGCUAACGCAUUGCUUGAUAUCUCCAAUGAAUGGUUCAUCCUCCUUUCUGAAUCAUGCAUUCCUCUCUAUAAUUUCAGUGUCAUAUAUCACUAUAUACUGAAAUCCGGAUAUAGCUUCAUGGGUGCAUUUGAUGAUCCUGGGCCAUAUGGGAGAGGACGCUAUAAUGAUAACAUGGCACCUGAGGUAGAUAUUGCCCAGUGGCGUAAAGGAUCCCAAUGGUUUGAAGUUAACAGGAAGCUUGCCAUCUACAUUGUCGGAGAUACUACAUUUUACCCGAAAUUUGAACAAUUCUGUAGACCGGCAUGUUAUGUGGAUGAGCAUUAUUUCCCCACCAUGCUAACCAUUGAAGCAGGGAACCUAUUAGCAAAUAGAAGCAUCACUUGGGUGGAUUGGUCGAGGGGUGGACCCCACCCAGCCACUUUUGGAAGAUCAGAUGUCACGGUAGAGUUCUUUAAAAGAAUUGUUGAAGGUAAAAACUGCACUUACAAUAAUCAUGCCUCUUCAAUUUGUUUUCUCUUUGCCAGAAAAUUUGCUCCAAGUGCCUUGGAACCUCUAUUACAAUUAUCACCAAAGGUUUUGGGCUUCUGAUUAUAAAAUCCACAAUCAAUUUCACAUCUUGAAGUGAAAAUUGCCACAGCAGAAAAGGUUCAAAGGGAGAGUGCAAGACUAAAUUCUGUGCAUCAUACAUGUUUUUAAUGGUAUAAAUUUAACCUCAAUUGUGAUAUUGGGUUUUUUUUUUUUUCCUUAUACAUUGAGUUCUUAGACAAUGCUACUAUCAAUAACAAGUUUAGAUGUACAGAGAACUAGCAUUUAGCAUCAUGCUCACAUUUUUGUAUUGCAAUAUGAUUUUUAUGAGUUUUGAUCUAGCAAA